AUGCAGGGAAUGGACACCGAGGAGGGGAGCUCCGCAGAGAUGCUAGGGGCGGGCGGCGACUCGCCAGUUGCGACCGCAGACGAGGAGUCCGCGCCCCAGGAAUCGGCCGCCGCUGGAUUCCACGAGACACCCCAAGACGCGAGUGACCCAGGCGCCGGCGCACUCUCUGAGUCCGAAGGCGAGCGAGAAGAGGGCGACUUGGGCGAGGUCUCGCCCCCGGCGGGGCGGCAGGAAGACGUCGCUGCAGACGACGAUUUAUUCGGGGAGCAGGAGGAUGACCUCUUCGGCGACAAGGACGACGACGAGGCGGAGGCCCGCGGCCAGCCGCACAAGACGGAGGAGGAGGUGGGUGAAGGCUGCCGAGCGGCCGAGCGGAGCGACGACGGCUACGAGCAGCCCCGCAGAGAGGAGGACGCGGCCUAUUCGUACUUUGAUGGAGGGCGCGACGACGAGGACAGAAUGCAAGACGACCGCGGAGACAGCGAGAACCGCGAGGAGAUGGAGGAAGACCAAGAGCUCCAGAUGCCGUACCAGGACCUCCCGACACUCAGCAAGGACGCCAAGGUUGUCGUUCUUCGCCUGCCGCCGACCGUCUCUGUGAAGGUGCAUGGCGCGCCCUCGGGCGCGGGACCGUCCUCGUCCCGCCGGUCGUCGCGCCUGGGCAGCAUCAACGCCGACGACAAAUUCACGAUUGAGUGGGGGCUGCCGCCCGCGAAGAAGGGCGAGGAUGAGCCGACUGCGGCGGGAUGCGAAGAGGAGUCAGGCGAGCUCCCCUCGAACUGCCGACUUGUCGAGUGGGACAACGGGAGCUACUCGCUCUUCGUGGGCUCUCAGAUGUUCGAUGUCCAGGUCAAACACGACCCGACGUUUUUCUUCGAGAACUCCAGUGCGGACGGGGUCAAGACGUACCACUGCAGGGCGGACGCGCGCUUCCAAGUUCGGCUUGGCGAGCUGCUGAACUUCCGCGAGUUCUUCACGCAGAGAAACAUGCGCUACGGAAAGAAGAGGCGGGCGGCGCUCACCACGCAGGAGCAGAUUGAGCACGCGGAACAAGCCACGCGGAAGACUGUGGAGAGGCGCGACGUGGCGGCUCGCCUGCGGCGCCGACAGGCGGAGGCCGCGCGCGGCGCAGAGCGCGGGCUGACGCGCCAUUUCUUGGAGGCGGACAGCGAUGAAGAUGAACACCCCGACGAGCAGAAGGAGAGAGACGAAGAAGACGGGAGCUCUUUAGCGAAGAUAAAGGAGCAGUACAAGCGACAGAAGCGCUACAAGUAG